AUGGUAUACAAAAUCAUUGCCACUGAUAUUAGACGAUUUUUACUAAUUUACGGCAUCUUUCUUAUGGGCUUUUCUCAAGCGUUCUACUUAGUGUUCCUCAGUUGCGAACGUGAACAUGACAAACGCGGAAAACAAGGGGAAUUCCAAAAUGUCAUUCAAAACCCUGUGGAGGCAUUUAUUCGUACUUUCAUCUUGACUAUAGGCGAAUUCACUGUGCUCUACAGGAAUCUGGCACUAUGUCCAGCGAAAAUUAUGAAUGGAAUCGGAAAGGCCCGCAAUCAAUUGCGAUGCAAUAUAUCGCAAAAUAAUUUAUUUUAUUGUUUUCGUCAUAUUCGAGCUUGGAGUAUCAGUCCUGCAGUUUAA